ACGAAAGCAGACGGAAAUUUAUUCAGUGUGAAUUUCUUCAAUUGCUCGGCUCUAUUUAAGAAUCUUAGCGAACGAAGUCUAUUUUAUCAAGUGCGCGACAAAGUAUAUGAAAUUAGUGUACACAAGCAAUUGACACAUUGUGUGUGACUCUCAAUAAAAGAGAAGAUAGACGAAAAAAAAAAAAUCUGUUUAUAACGUAGUUAAACGACGCAAAAAACUUGCCAAUAAAAAAAGAAGCCGAAAAAAGAACGAUCGAGUUAUGAACUCAGUGCGAAAUCCAACUGGACACACAACUUGAACGGAAUCACGACUGAUUUUUUUUUUGCUGUUGUUCUUAUUGUUGCAAUGUACAAAUCAUUUUUACCUCAAAUUGGACGAACGAUUCGUGGUGCCUUCAAGUGUUAUUGCAAUAAAAAUAUUAAUUAAAGUGAUAACGACGACGGAAAGCAAUUACAGAAAAACUCUGAUUCAAAGUAACGAUUGUGCAGAAAAAAAAUAGACAAAACGAAUAGGCAAAAAAAAAACAACAGACAAACGAAUAGGAAAUAAGCGCAAACAAACGCAGAAAAAACCAACAGAUAGAUCUUGAAUAGAUUAGAAUUAGAAUGCCACUGUCUUUGAAUCAUAACAAAAGUGAAUCGAAACGUAACCGUAAUUAUUUAAUGGCAAACAUGAAAUCAAACAGUGGUGAUUUACUCAGAACGAUGCAGCUGGUGAUUUUGAUUUUUAUUUCAACGGUUUUACCACUUUCAACCACAGCACAAGACUAUGAUGUGAGUGAAAUCCAGUGUUCAUUCGCAACCACCACCUCAAGUACAGCCGACAUGAUAACGGCUCGAUUGAAAAAACCCGUUGGAUUUAAGGGCUCACCAUUAUUUGCCGAUGAUCGAAAUGUAAAUCCUGAAGUCGACCGAGCUUGUUCUAUUCGACCUGAAUCCGGUGAUCCAGAGAACAUUGCAUACGUACUCAAAAUUACGGAUUUCUCACGAUGUGGCGUUCUUAAACGCAAUGGCUUUGUUCACGUACGCAUUUGGUUCCCACAAUUUCCCGGCGUUGUGAUGCAAUCGGACCAAGAAUUGAUUAUCAUGUGCAAACCACCCGAGCCAACAGUCAUACAAAAUAAGGCCGCCGGUUUUGCUGGCUCAUUUCCGGGUGGUGCUCGCGUUUCAGGAGUCGUUGAAGAGACACCCGGCCGCUUGGAAUACGAAGUCGCUCUUUACAAAGAAGCUCCGCCGAUCGGAAGAAUUAAUGGUAAUAUGGCAAUGAGCGCACAUUUGAAGAAUCAAACAAAGCAACAACAAGCCAUUAUGAACCAAAAUGAAUUGCCGGUAGAUCAAGCUGUACCAAUUGGCACGAAAUUACAAUUGCGUGCUCGAAUCAGUACUCAGAGCGUAUGGAAGUUCGUUAAAUUGAUGGAAGUUACAGUCUCACCCGAUCCAGAUGAUCCACAUGCCCCAGGUUCAGUUGCUUUAGUUCGCGAUGGUUGCAGAAAUAGAGAUUUCGCCUCAAUUAUACCACAUCAACCUGCAAGAUAUCGUGAGAGAUCAAACGAAGUAUUCCUCGAUUUUGAAGCAUUUUUACUGAGCUCAAUGCGCGAAAGAAGCACACUUUGGAUUCAUUCACAAAUCAAAGCCUGUAUGGAAGCGGUUGAUUGUCAGCCCGACUUCUGUUUGGAUUUGUUUGAACCAUCUGGCCAUGGGCGAAGACGGCGUGCAAUUUCCGAUGACAGCGAUAAAAAUCAUACAAACACACUGACUGACUUUGCAAAGUUCAAAGAGAACAUUGAAUAUUCGGUGAUGUUACCGGGCGAUUACGAUCAAAUGAAAUAUCAGGAUGAUGAUCAGUGCAAGAGUUUUAUUAUGAUUUCCGGUCUUUUGGCUCUGUUGCUCACAUUGUCAACAAUACUGUCUUGUUCGCUGGUUUCGAAAAUCCAAAAUGUCAGUCGAAAAACCAUAGACGAUUACAUUCCAUCAAAAGGUUAUGCCGGCCGAGCGGUGCUUCAAUAAUACAAAUGUCUCCACAGACUUAAAUCGAAUAAGAACAAAUGAAUUUAAACAAUUUUCAUACAAAUUUCGUGUUUAAGUAAACUUGACAAUAAUUUAGAAAACAUAAAGUAAAAUGCCUGACUAAUUUAAAUCUGAUGACGAUGCUUCUCCCCCAAAAAAAAAUUAUAGACUGUAUCCUUUGUUGCAUUUAGUGAUGAUGGAAGGCGAUCAUUAGAUUCUUUUAGCUCUCGUGAUUAAUUAUUUUAGAGAAAAAACAACAUAUAAAUCAUUCAUUGCGAAACUAUUUCACACAGAUAUUCUUUUAAAUCCUAAACAUUUAAUUAUCAAAUAGAAUUUAUGCUCUAGCUCUUAGUUCACGGUAAAAUUUAAAAUUUCAUCAAAUUCAAUGGAUUUUCUAUAGAUUCAGCGAGCUCGAUUCAAC